AACGUUUCUAGCAAUAAGGGUAAAGGUUGAUUCGAUAUUAUUUGUUACGAUUAAAACUGUUUUAGUUCCAAUUUGACCAUCUUUUAAGGCAGGCCAUGGUUUUGUUGCUACUUGUUUAUUUCCUUUGCAAUACUUUACUUUUUGUCAAUGGCAUUAAUCCUGACGUUCUUCUAAACACGGAAGAACGUAUCAAAAAGGACGGCUACCCAGUUGAAAUCCACCAAGUAACAACAGAAGACGGCUACAUUUUCAACUUAUUUAGAAUACCCCAUGGACUUGAAAAACAGGAAAACGAACCGAAAAACAAGAGCGCGGUUUUGUUUGUUACAGGCCAUGGCGGUAUACCGAAACACUUUUUGCUUUUGGGCAAAAAACUUGCAGCCGCUUACUAUUUCGCCGAUAGAGGCUUCGACGUUUGGCUCUUUUGCUAUAGAGGUGUCGAUUGUCAGAAUCCCAAGAAGCAUAAGAAGCUGAAUUGGAACAAAAAUCCUACUUAUUGGGAUUUUAGUUUUCACGAAGUUGGAGUCUACGACCUCCCAGCGAGCAUAGACCUAAUCCUAAACGUGACAGGCCAAAAGAAAAUCUUCAACGUAGUCCAUUCUUCCGGAGGAUCUAUAGUCUACGCCCUUCUAUCCGAAAAACCGGAAUACAACGACAAAAUCAAAAUAAUCGCAAAUUAUGCAGGCGGUGUUAUCACUUACGAGGUGGACUAUCCGUUUGUCCAGGCAAUUGCCCAGUUUUCAGGUGUUUUAAAGAAUGUUUGGAAAAAUUUAGGUAUGUACGAGCUAAUGCCCGGAUUCAUGUCCGACAUGCUUGGCGAUACGUUCAGGAAAAUGUGCGCAGAUCCGAAAUGGUUUAGGACUUGCAAAGUGACUUUGUGGACUUUCGGUUCACACGUUUCUACACUUAUAGAAGAUGAUGUUGUGGACUUGGCUGUUAGUUACUUUCCAAGACUGCCCAUAAAACAAGUCGGACAUUUUGCGGACAAUUUAAAUAGAGGUGAUUUCCGCAAAUUCGAUUACGGUCCAGACAAAAAUAUGCAAGUUUAUGGAACAAGACUGCCACCUCGUUAUAAUUUAAGUGCCAUUAACAGUCCUCAAGCUUUUUUCUAUGGAAAAACCGACACGCUUAGCACCAAGCCGGACACUCAAAUGCUUCAAGGUUUAGUCUCGAAUACGAUUUUGGACUACGAGGUUGGUCCGAAAUUUGUACAUUUGGACUUUCUGUUUGCCAGAAAUGCUACUCAGAUGGUGUACGAGCCCACUGUGAAGUUAUUCCAGGAUUACGAUGCAGGAAUUGUUCCUAAGAAAAUUGUUAGAAGGAAAAAGAAGAGAGCGGACAUGUACAAUAAUAGUUAUUGAAUAAAGACAACAAUUAGUAAUUGAUAAUAAAUAGGUACUUAAAUGAGAAUAUAAUAAAAAAUUAAUGUUUUAUGUUUAAA